UUUUUUCCCUCCCUUUCCUUCUCUGUUCUCUUCUUGUUGCCAAUGCCCCAGGCCCCCGAAGCUUCCGUGUCUGCACAUCCAUCACCUCAUCAGCAUCUCUUGUCCGCUUGAGGCAACGUCGUGAAAGAAGACUGGGGAUUGCGCACCAAGCACCAGGUACGAAAAGAACGCCAGGGAGGAAUCCACAGGCAGGCGAGUCGAGUCCGGCCGAGCCCCCAUCGCAUAUCUUCCCUUGGCCUGGAACCAGCCUACCUACCACCAAUCCACGCACGAAGAGGAACCACCGCCUCCGAGACCCAAUUCCGCCCCCAUAACCGUCGCGACAACAAAACAGAGACGAGGAAACACCAACUUCCCCCCUCCACCUGCGCAGAGCGCAGCGCAGCGCAGCACGAAGGAGACAUCCUGCAAGACAAGGGCAGACAAUGGCAGUCGCAGAAUCACUGGCGCUGCUGCUGGCGGCGGCGACUGUGCUGGCGCCCGCUACCGUCGCCGCAGCCGCCACUGUCAAGUCCGGCCAACACUCUGCAGACUUGGCACCACCAGCAGUAGCGGUAGCACCAGUCCUCGACGCUCGGCUGGACGCCGCGGCGGCAUCAUCCCUCCAAGUCCGCGCCAUCGACCGCUCCCCCAAAGGCUACACGCCCUCGCCCGUCAACUGCCCGUCGCAGCGCCCGCAGAUUCGGAAUGGCUCGUCGCUCUCGCCCCAGGAGAAGGCAUGGCUGCCCAAGCGCCGCAACGACACCAUCCCACACAUACGCUCUCUGCUCAAGCGCAUCGCCAUUCCCGGCUUCGAUAGCGACGCCUACCUCAAGAACGUCGAGAAGAACGCCACGGCCCUGCCCAACGUCGGCCUCGCCGUCUCCGGCGGCGGCUACCGCGCCAUGCUCAACGGCGCCGGCGCCAUAGCCGCCUGGGACAGCCGCUCCGAUGGCAGCCAAACGGCUGGUAACCUCGGUGGCCUGCUGCAGAGCGCGACCUACCUGUCUGGGCUCUCUGGCGGCGGCUGGCUCGUCGGCAGCAUAUACACCAACAACUUCACCUCGGUCCAAGAUGCCGUCAACUCGCCAAGCAUAUGGAUGUUUGACGACUCCAUCCUAAAAGGCCCCGAAAAGUACAGCCUCCUCCAAUACUACCGAAACAUUCUCGACGCCGUCGACGGAAAAGACCAGGCGGGGUACGACCGAUCCAUCACCGACUACUGGGGCCGCAUGCUGUCGUAUCAGCUCAUUGACGCCACCGAUGGCGGGCCCGGCUUCACGUUCUCCUCCAUCGCCGACGACGAGGGCUUCUCCUCAGGCAAGACGCCGCUACCCUUCCUCAUUGCCGACGGCCGCGCUCCGGGCCAAAAGGUCAUCUCGUCCAACUCGACCAUCUUCGAGUUCACCCCCUGGGAACUCGGCUCCUCCGACCCCACGCUCGACGGCUUCGUGCCCCUCCGGUACGUCGGCUCCAAGUUUAACAACGGCACGCUACCUAGCAGCGAGAAGUGCAUUGAGGGCUUCGACAACGCCGGCUUCGUCAUGGGCACAUCGAGCUCCCUGUUCAAUCAGAUUGUCCUUUACCUCAAAGACAACGCCUCCAACAACUACGUCCCGGCCGACGUACCCAAAUUCAUCAUCGAUGCCCUCACCACCGUCCUCAAGGCCCUGGGCGACACCAGCAACGACAUCGCCGACUGGACCCCGAACCCCUUCAAAGGAUGGAACGCCGCCAACAACCCCGGCGCUGGGUCCGAGCGCCUUACCCUUGUCGACGGCGGCGAGGACCUGCAAAACGUUCCCUACCACCCACACCUCCUCCGGGAUCGCGAGGUCGAUGUCGUCUUCUCGGUGGACUCGUCUGCUGACACCGAGACGAGCUGGCCUGAUGGCGCAUCCGCCAUCGCUACCUAUGAACGCUCUCUCCAGAAGAACAUCUCCGCGGGUACCGGCUUCCCCGCCGUCCCCGGCAAGGACACCUUCCUCAACCUCGGUCUAAACACCAAGCCCGUCUUCUUCGGCUGCAACUCGACCAACCUGACGAGCCCUUCGCCCCUCAUUGUUUACCUCCCCAAUUACCCUUACAUCUACGCCUCCAACAUCUCCACCUUCCAGAUGGCCAUCAAGUCCGGCCAGCGCGACGCGAUUAUCCAAAAUGGAUGGGCGGUCGCCACCCAGCUCAACGCCACUCGCGAUGCAGACUGGCCCGUCUGCGUCGGCUGUGCCAUGCUAUCCCGCAGCUUCGAGCGUACCAAAACGGCCGUGCCCGACAAGUGCCAGCAGUGCUUCACCCGCUAUUGCUGGGAUGGCAGCCUCAAUGAGACAAAGGCCGCUCCAUACGACCCGAAAUACUUUAGCACGCCCAUUGAGGUCAAGAGUGCUGCAAGUGCUGUGCUGGGGUCCGCGGCCAUGCCGAUGUUCUUUGCAUUCAUCGCCGGACUUGCAUUCGUCAUUUGAGCUGUGCUCCCAAGCUUUGCAAACUAUGCGAUCUUUCAUGCUUGGUUACUUGGCAUAAUUGGGUUUGGAUUUUCAACGCUGUCACGUCAAGAUUCCCCAAAAUUUAUAGAUUAAACUGUGAUCAAAUAAGAGGCCCCAGGGCUUUGCAUUCUCCUCCGUUAUACGGUAGUCGAUGACACCUUGAUUAUAAGUUUAAGACGGCGAUGGCACGAUACCUUAGCACCACUUCCCCUUCCACGAGAUCGCGCGACCUCCGCACGUGCAACACUUCAGACUGUUUGGGCAUGUGAGCCGGGCUGUGUAGAUCCACCGUCGUACUUCAUGUCGUCCAGUCGUCAAUCUCCGUUGCAAUGCCCAACGUCCAUCCAUAUGUGUUGGUCCCUUUCCUA